AUGGGCUUUUGUUUUUUAUUUAAUUCGAAUAUAACAUUUGGAUGGGAUUACAAAAUAAUUAUUGUAUAUGCAUGUACAACAUAAUUCGCAUUUAUGAUUUCGAAAUUGCUUUCCAGUAAAGGCAUCAACUCUUAUUGUUGUUUUGCUGUACUUGAAAGUGCUAUUUUAAUAGCUUAUUUAUUGGGGAUCGUCUAUAAUAAAGAAGUCUCCCCAAUAAACAUUAAUUUCAUUAGCUAUACUCUUCUUAUCCUAUAAUUCGUAAUAUUGGCAAUAACAGUAUUAAUAAGCAGAUAAAGCUUCGAGAGUGAUGCUUAAGAUCAAUCUAAACAAAUCUAAGAAAUAUUAAUUGCUGCAAUAAAAAGCAUAGGUUCAUUGCAGAUUGUAUUCUUAAGUUUGAAAUGGAGUCAAUAAAUCAAUUGGGGUUGGAUGCAAACUCUAGUGAUUGUUUGGUUUUGCAUCGGUACUAUGACAUUGAUUGAGGUAUGUUUAAUUGUAGAUCUGAUGUUAAAGUGUUGCAAUAAUGAACUUUAAAAUAAAAAGCAAUUAAUUUAUGGAGGUGCUUGGGUGAACAUUGUGAUAUUAGGAUUUAUUAUCGAUACAGGAUUAACAUUUUUAGGAUUAGGUUUGUUAUUGGACUAUAAUGUUGGAUAAGUAAAUUUAUAUGGUUUCAUUGCUUCUAUUGUAUACUAUUUAUUUCAGAUAUUUUUCUAUUUGAAAAAUUAAGAAGAAUUAAUCUAAUUUUUAAAUUUAUCAGAAGUCUAGUAGCCAACUCGGCCAUCAGAAUAGCCUAAUGAACAAGUUACAUUAAAAGACAGGAUUAAAUAGAUUCAUAGAAUUAGCAUUAGCAAAGUUCCAUAAUUUAUGGUGAAAUUGUCAGCCACUUAUUUUAGAAAGUAAGAAAUAAAUGAGAAUCAAAAAAAUUAGAAUGAGUUAGGUUCAUCUUAGGAUAAGAAAUUUCGAUCAAUUAGCUUUUCAGAAAUAAAAAAAUAAAAUGAAAUAAAGAAAAGUCCAUCUUCGGAUUUAGAUGGGGAUUUAUCUAAGAAAUUUGAUUAAUUACUAUCAUCUCCACGUCUAAAAUUAGAAGUCAGUGAAAGUAUGGCUCCAGAAUUAUCAAGCAGAGGUCAAUAGAAAUAAAAUGCACUAUGUCUCGUUUGCUAUGAAAAAGAAAGCAAUAUGAUUAAUUAACCUUGUGGUCAUGGAGGAUUUUGUUAAGAGUGCUCAGAAUAAUUAUUAUCAAAAAGUAAUUACUGUAUGUUAUGUCGAAAACCUGUGACUCACACAUUACUAGUGUAAGGAGUUGAGAAUCGUGAAAGUUUAGUUGAAGUUGUAGGAAUAUAUUAAGGAGGAUAGAAAUAAAAUUGA